AGUCUCCUCAUUAGAGAGCUUAAACAGAGAGAGGUGGCAUUGUAGUGCAGUCAGUGCUAACACUACCUAGGCGAGUCAAAAAUGGGUGUUUUAGACUAUGUUUCGGAACUCUGCUCGCUCCCCAAAGACCAAAGAAAGCUCAGGAAAAAGCAGUUCCAGACGGUGGAAAUGAAGGUGAGAAUAGACUGCGAAGGGUGCGAGAGGAAGGUCAAGAAAGCCCUGGAAGAAAUAAAAGGGGUGAGCAGUGUGGAGAUAGAGCGGAAGCAGAACAAGGUGACGGUGACGGGGUACGUGGACGGGAAGAAGGUGAUAAAGAGGGUGCGGCGGAGGACAGGGAAGAUGGUGGAGCCGUGGCCGUAUGUGCCCUACGACAUGGUGCCCCACCCCUAUGCCCCCGGGGCUUACGACCGGAAGGCUCCUCCCGGGUACGUGCGCAACGUGAUGGACGACCCCAAGCUCGCCCAGCUCGUACGUGCCAGCUCCAUGGAGGAGCGCUACUCCUCGGCCUUCAGCGAUGACAACCCCAAUUCCUGUGCCAUCAUGUGAUGGAGUGAUUGCCGCGUAGAUAGCUUUUCUCCUGUAACUUUUCUUUUCCUGGAGUGGUCUCUGAUUGAGCUUGGUGGUGGUUGGAUUUGUGUCUUGCUGUGUGCUAUUGGUUGAUAUCAUGGAAGAGAUUGGAAUUGUCUGAUUUCUUGUUUAGAUUUGUUGAUUUUGGUGUUUUUUUUCUCUCAGAAAAAAAAAAUGAUAUUGGAGUUGUUUUGCUUUG